GGGCAGAUUAUGGCCGUGUCUUCGACGAUAUGGCAACCCUUACCGAAGACAUCCGCACUGUUGUGGUUUCAUCCGCUUUCCCAAAAAUCUUUAGCGCAGGAGGUUUUGAAGGGCUGUCCAGCUUAGACGGUCAUGAUAGUGAGCUAGCAACGCGAGGAUAUGUUACUCGCAGACAUAGUCUAGAGUUUCAACGGGCAAUAUUAUCGCAGCUUAUGACAUACGCCGCUACGCGGCCUCGGAAACCACGUUUUCUAUCAAGGAAGUGGAUGUUGCUUUAGCUGCAGAUAUAGGCACCUUAGAUCACCUCUCGAAGAUCACUGCCAAUCAGUCCUUGCUCAAGAAUUAGCGUACACAGCCCGUCCAUUUUCCCCCACAGAUGCCGAGAAGUUGGGAUUAGUCUCGAGAGUCAUUGAUGGUGGAAGGGAAGUCGUAAUGCUUGAAGCGUUGGCACUUGCCAAGGUUAUAGUCCUGUGGCUGCAACCGGUACCAAACAUCUACUCCUUCACGCUGGGGACCACAAUGUGCCUGAAGAUCUUGAGUAUACUACCAUCUGGAACGGGGCUAUGGUUCAAUCACAGAAUUUAAAGGAGGCAGUCAAAGCAGGCAUUUCCAAAGCGGAGACAUUGCCGGUCUUCCCUCCGUUGCUCAGCGUCCCUUCAAAACUUUGAAGCCAUUUUAUAUAACUCUCUGGUAACUAUGUCGUACUAGAUUUGAUCGGUGUAUAUUUCUCAAUCGAGAGUGAUAGGCUAUCUGUUUGAAGUCUGAUUUGCAAGCAUA